AUGGUGAGGGACGAACGCAGAGUGCCAUUCCAGGGUAAUGGAUCUAGGAGCAUGGCGGACGGCUCAUCAAGACUGUCGCGACUUUUUUUCGAUGGAUUAUUUUGGUUGACAAAGAAUAGUGGGGAGAAACCAGGAGAAAAGGAAAGUAGAAAGUUAAGGCGGCAGUACUGGAAGUUAUUACCUUCUCAGGAAGAGCAAGAAAGGGCGGGAGGUUCUUCUUUCUGGAAGUUUCAUCUCGAUAUUAAUAUUAAUAAGCUUGCUGUUACUGCAUCUACCCGUUUCUUCCAUCUGGAAAUCACACGACUGAUUGCAAACGGUGCUUCGACUACAAUAUAUUCCGUGAACAGUGAUUGCGGUGGGCGUCGUGAAAUUUCAAGCCAUGGUGCAGCAUCUUUGUAA